CUUGUUAACCAACAAAAAAUUUGGAUUGCUCAGCGAUUUUCGAUUUUUAAUUACCUUCAUAGUUGAACAAAUUAAUUUUUUCCAUACAAAAUGUUAAAUUUGACAAGACUUGUAUUUUAUAUGAGACCUGCUGUAGCCAAUUACUGCGUGAAAACUGUUUACAAUGGAAAUAAGUUUUUAAUAAGCAGAAAAUUAUUCGAGAACGACCAAUGCACGCAGAACAAAAACACUACCACAGAACUGGACAGUAAAUGUGUAUCAAAUUUGACUAUUUAUCACGAGCUGUUGGACGUGAACAACGACGGUGUUGUAUCUGUCGAAGAUUUAAAGGAAUUGACUGAACGUUUUUCAAAACUCAACGACAUGACGGACGAACAAACUUUUAUGUUCAGCAGAAUCAUCGAAAACUUAUGGUACAAACAUUGGGGAUGCAUUGAUCCGUUCGAUUACGUUACGGUAGAGAAAUAUUUGAAGUACAUACAGUACGUGAAAGAAAACGAUGGUCUGAAGGAUGAAGUUGUUCAACUAUUGCCGUAUUUGUUUAAGACUGUUGACAAAGACCAGAAUGGCGACAUUUCAAAAGAUGAAUAUAUCAAAUUUUUAGAAUGUAUUGGGACAUCAAAGAAGACCAACUUAAUCAAGUCAUUGGGCAUUAUAAACGACACGGAUGAUACAAUUAAACUGGAAGGACUAAUGUCAAUUAUUAAAAAGCAUUUGUUUCACAGUAAAAAUAAAACCGAGGAUACAACAAUCAACAAAGGCACCAUAAGCUAUCAGUAUAACUAACAAUAGUUAUAACAUAAUGAUUACAAAUACUAAUAUAUUAUACUAAUAUUCAUACUUAAUAAUGCAUAUUGUUCAUAAUAUUGUUGAGCUGUCAUAGUUUA